AUGCACCGGUGUCUGCAUCUCGAAGAGAUUCUGCAAGAAAUCUUCAAAAAUGCUGACUAUUUGUCGUUGACGGUUCUUGCCAGGACAUGUCGAUUGUUUUACGAGCCCGCCCUGAACGCCAUUUACUGGGAUCUUCCAGGGCUCCAGCCAUUAAUUGAGCGUUUACCCCACGAUUUGUGGUCAACCAGGUCCGGUGAAUUGGUGAUCCGAGGACCCUUGCGCCCCAAUGAUUGGGAAGUGUUUGCAAGCUAUUCUCGCCGGGUUCGUAGCCUACGGCUUAGAUGGUUUGCGAGCGAUGCCAAGCUUUAUCGCGCCCUUUUGUCGCCUCCUGAUCCCUCGUUUCUUUUACCCAACCUUCGUACAUCACCUGGCACUGUCUCAGCACCCGCUCUGCUGGACUUGAUGACAUGA